AGGAGAGAGGCCAUUUUUCUAAAACACAAACAAGACGAGAAAGCGAGUUAUGAAAAUAUUCGCAGCGAACGUUGGUCAGUUGAAAUUAUAAUUAAACGUGGUUCAAGCAAAUAUUCAACAUAUAGUUGCAAGGAAGAAACCUGGAGAUAUACAGGUCAUUGCGAAAUACACGCAUAUGUUGUUAAAAAGAGGACUUAACUAACGUUAGCUACAUUCCAAUUUCGCAAAAUUUGCAGCUACCAGCUAGCUAAGUUGUAGCUGGCUAGCUGGCAACUUAGCUGGCUAGCUAGUGCGACCAGCUUUCAACAAAAGGUGUUUACAAGGAGGAACAAUAGAUCCGAUGGAAAUACUCAAGCAGGAGUAAGAAGACAGAAGUGGAGAGAAUAAUAAAUGCAUGUGAAGAAGAUACACAUAUCGCUCCCCGUGAUCUCCUGUUCUUCACAAUUUUGCUUCAUGGUCAAUUAUUAUGAUCGACUCCCAUGUUGUAAUUCCUGGUGCUAUUUUUGUCUGUAAACAUUUUGUUUUUGUUUUCAUUUGUUGAUUGGUGAGCUUGCUGUCACAUUUGGUCACUCCGUCACCUCACCUAACCCCUUUCCCAGAGCCCUGCAGCUAUUUGCUCAGUGUAACAGAUUUGUUUGGCCCAAGUACACCCACUCUAAACCACUGCACAGAGAAGAACCAAAUAGCCUUUAACCCCCUCGUCGUAUCUGGACCGAACUGGUUCAAUCCUCUGGACAAGAAGCCUUGAGCUCCAGUUGAAGAGAGGAGUAUGACUGCUGAAACACUUAACUUCGGCCCAGAAUGUUGUCUAGGGGAAGAUAAUGGGCGAUGCAUAUCCAACUUAAACUUGAGGCUCCGUGCACUAUCCAGAGGGCGUAGUGUGACGUCCCCCCCUCCCUCUCCAGCAUUGCCAAAGUCCAAGCUGGCCGAUUACCGCUAUGGUCGUGAGGAGAUGCUAGCACUUUAUAUCAAAGAUGACAAACCCCCAGAGGAUAUGACGCAGGAUAAGGAGUUUGCUGCUAUCCUGCAGGAUGAGCCUGUGCAGCCUUUGGCACUGGAGCCUCUAACUGAGGAGGAGCAGAGAAACUUCUCCAUGUCUGUCAACAGUGUGGCUGUGCUGAGGUUGAUGGGAAAGGGAGGCGGGGCCGCCCCUGCAGUUGUGGCCAAGGGUCGUGGAGGAGGCAUCAGAGGGAGAGGAAGAGGUGAAGGUGCAUUCUACCAAAGAGCUCCUGGAGGUCCUGAUGAUGGAGAGGUGGGCUUCGGUCGUGGCCGAGAAAUGCUCCGCAGCCAAAGCUGGGAUGACCGAGCUGAGAGGCCCAAGUUUGAGAAGCCAAUCAGGCGUGCUGAGGUAGUGCGUCCAGGGUUUGAGGAGGCGGGACCUCUUGGCAGGAAGGACUCCUGGCGUGCCGACAGUGGUAACUGGCGUACCCUUCGGGAGGAGGAGGAAGAGGCAGCAGCAGCAGGAGGAGGAGGAGGGGGAGAGCAGCCAGCCUGGAGAGUUGCAGGAACCCGCCGUGAUGAUGGGGGUCCUCGGUCUGCAGGCUGGCGUGAUCAUGGGGGCCGGAGGAAGUUUGAGUUUGACUUCCGUGACAGCGAGGGCCCCCGCAGGGAGGACGACAGGGACGGCCUUCCUGAGUGGUGCACUGAUGAAGAGGAUGGCGAGAUGGGCACCUUUGACUCCUCAGGGGCCUUCAUGUGCAUCAAGAAAGGCUCCAAGGGCACCAUCACUGAAGAGGAUCUGGAGUUUGAAGCUCUAGAGGAAGAUGAGAACGGUCAGGAAGUCAAGGACAACGGUCAGGAAGGCAAGGACAACUAUAAGGAUAACUACACUGACGGAGAUGAGUGUGAAGCAGCAUGUGAGGGGGUGGUCAAGUACAGGACUCCAUCUCCUCCUGCUGUCUCGGCCCCUCCCUCCUCGGACCCUCUCCCUGCCCCCUGUGCCCCAGAGGCUCCCAUGGCACCCAUCUCCCACCCCUCCAAAACCAACCACGUGCCCACUCAAGGCAGCUCACCUCCAGGGAGUGGUGCUCAGCUCAGUCCAGACCCUUCCUCCUCUACCACCACUUUCUCCAGCCUGAUGCCUCCUCCCUCCUUUGGAUCUCUCCUCCCAUCAACAGGGGGAGAAGUGGAGGAGGAUGAGGGCAUGAAGCACCUGCAACAGGAGGCUGAAAAGAUGGUGGCAUCUCUGCAGGACACAUCCCUUGAGGAGGAGUGCUUCACUCAAGCACUGCAGGAGAGCCACAACAUUACCUCCCAAUCUCUCACACACCCAGCCCCACACUCACACACACACACACACACCGCUGGACACACACACUCCCACUCUGCUCAUAGGGACUGUGCCCUGCCCCUCUCCCACGAGGCAGCCAUGAAGUGGUUCUACAAGGACCCCCAGGCAGAGAUCCAAGGUCCCUUCUCCACUGUGGAGAUGUGUGAGUGGUUCCAGGCAGGCUACUUCUCCAUGACACUGCUGGUAAAGAGGGGUUGUGAUGAGGGCUUCCAGCCCCUGGGUGACGUCAUCAAGAUGUGGGGGCGCGUGCCCUUCUCCCCUGGCCCCUCCCCCCCACCCCUGCUGGUGAGACAGCCUCCACCACCUCGGGGGUCCUCUGGCAAUAUGGAUCAGGAGCUGCUGAAGAAACAGUUAGAACAAGCAGCCACUGCAGCUCUAUACCAGCAAUUGCAGAUAAGGUUUCAGCACAUGAACAGGAGUGGAGAAUCUAGCAUGAUGAACAGGUCCAUGUCAGUACCAGAUAAUGGGUCUAUGUGGGACAUGCGUACCUCAGCCUCCCAGCAGUCAGGAGGUGAGGCCAACCUAUGGGACUUAACCAUGAGUCAUUCCACUCAGGGGCCAUCUCUGGAGCAGCUACAGAAGCUCCAGGACCGGCGUGAGGCUGAACUCAGGGCCAAGCGAGAGGAGGAAGAGAGGAAGCGGCGGGAGGAGAAGAGGAGGCAGCAGGAGGAGCAGAAGAGGCGUGAGGAGGAGGAGCUGUACAGGCGUAAGCAGCAGUGUCGGCAGCAGCAGGAGCUUAUCCUGAAGCUGCUGCAACAGGCCCAGCCCGGGGGCCCAGGGUGUAUCUCUGGGUCAGGGACUGUGUGGAGUGGCCCCCAGGUCUCAGCGCUCUCCAAGCAAGGCAAGAGCCUCAGCCUGCUGGAGCUGGAGACCGAGAGGCUGCUCAAACAGCAGGCCCAGCACCAGAGGGCCCAGCAGCAGAGGGACAGGCAUGGAGGCCUGUCUAUGGGUCAGUGGGGUGAGGGGUCUGUGGGCAUGUGGUCUGGUGGGGGCAUGGAGCCCAAAGGCAGCUCUGGAGGUAUGGGUGUCUGGGAGGAGGCUGUAAAGAACCAGAACAGCCUCCGCAACAUGGGCAUGAAGAACAGCCGCAGCAGCCCCUCUCUUAGCGAGCAGUACAUGUUAAGGAAGAAGCGUACAGAGGAGGAGGACAAAUUGCUGAAGCUGCUGCAGGGCAUGAAACCCCAGGACGGCUUCACCACCUGGUGUGAACAGAUGCUGCACGCGCUCAACACCUCCGCUAACAACUCCCCCUCCUCGUCCCUGGAUGUAGCCACCAUCGUGGCCUAUCUGAAGGAGGUGGAGUCUCCCUACGAAGUCCUUGACUUUAUCCGCUCCUACCUGGGCGACACUGUGGAAGCCAAAGAGUUUGCCAAGCAGUUCCUGGAGCGGCGUGCCAAACAGAAAGCCAACCACCAGAGGCAGCAACAGCAGUUAUCAAAAGAAGUUCCAGGACUGUCCUUGAACAACUUUCCUCUACAGUCCAUGUUCCAGGCAGCCCAGAUGGGGAAGGGAGGAAUGUAUGACAGCCAAGCUGCAAAGAUGAAGAAGAAACAGACCAUGAUGCUUCACUCCGACCCCAGUAUCUUAGGAUAUUCAUUCCUGGGCGCAGGGGACCGGAUGAGCCUGGGCGAAAUGGAAACAGUGGAAGAUUAUUGAUCCACAGCAUCUACCUGAAUCCACCUGAGGCCUUAUACCUGGCAUACGAGACACACACACACACACACACACACACACACACACACACACACACACACACAUACACACACAUUCACAGACCGACAUACGCACACACACUGACGAAUGUGCACUGCUGAGCUACUUUGCCCCCUCUUGGAUGAGGACCUUGUAAAGUACUGUUUUCUCCCUCGUCUCUCAGUGAGAGGGGCCGGUAGGGGUGUGCAGAGAGGAGUACCCUUCCGCACUUCUUACAGUUAAGCACCUUAAACUAAACUAAUGCACUUUAUUACAUGGGGUUUCAAUAUUUGAAAUUAAGUUUAGCCUGUUUUUUGUUUGUUGGUUUUAGGAUGCAAAAUGUGCAUAUAUUAUGUCUAUGAUAUGAAUAUACACAAGUGGAUGUGUGUGUGCAAACAUACCCAAGUAAGGAACUGGAGGUUACAUCUCUGAUAAUAAUGGUGAGGGGUUGGGGGAGUGAUGAGCAUUUGGUUUAGAAAGUAUAUUCUUUUUUGAAAAGAGACACUGUUGUUUUUUAAACAUUUUAUAUAAAAUGUAAAGCUAUAGCAAAUUUGCAUUUUAAGAAAAACUUGAAUGUUUGCACUUACAAAAACAAACAAAAGUUGUUGUGGAUAGUAGUGGAAGAAAAAUAUGUUUCUGAAUGCUGGUGUCUGUGUGGUAGACUCAAAGCCUGCACACUUUUUAUUGCUUACAGAGAUGCAUAAAAAGGCCAUGUUUUUACUUUGUUCCAUGGAACUUGUUUUUACUUUGAAGGAUGUAUGCAAUUUGUGCCCAUGUUAGAUGUAUGAGUGAUGAGUAGCCAAUGAAUGUGUGCAUGUUAUUUUUGUACAUGGGUUCUUUAAGCGAGAGUGGGAGUGGAUAGGGCUCUUUUCAUCCAAUCUUUCACCAGCUCCUCAUCCCCUAAAUGACUUCACGAUGGUCUGUGUUUCUGUCCAGUUACCUGAAUGGCCACUCGUGUUCUGGCAUUGGUGCUUCGCUGCCCUCAUGCUCUUCUCUCGCGACGAGUCACGGGUAUACAGGCUCUGAUUCGCUGAUUGAACUGUGAAAGCAAAUGUCUUGUUUCAAGGCAGAUUUCCGAGGUAUAUUUUACUGCAGUACAGGCCCUGUCUCUCAAUCUCACUCUUGUUAAAAGAACCAUAAAUAGUUCUGUUUAAUAAUUCUCUUCCUUGUGGUUAUGAAAGUUGGUAAGACCAGAGAAGUUCCUUGCAUUUUUCAAGGGGAUCUAUUGCCUUUACCGACAUGCCAGUGUUGAGGUCUUGCUUUCCUGUUUCCAGGUUGUUUUGCAAGCUAUUGCCACUGCUUGUGUGAACCCUGGUUUUUAUAGCUAGAGUCCUCUCUUUUGUUGCUUUUUGAAUAUCUUUGUCUGUUUAAAACAGUGGGAAAGUAUUUGGACUUGAUGAUAUGGAGCACUUUUGAGGCUGCUAAGCUUUUGUAUUUUUAUAUUGGUUUUUUUUUUGCUUCUUGUAAUUUCUUAUAUAUCUAAAACAAAAACAAAAAAAACAUUUAAAUGAAUGUAUUCCAAAAACAGAACAGUGCAGUGAGAUGAAGCCAGACUUUAAACAAAUGGUAAUGCGGAGAGUUGUGGGGAUAAAGUAUUAGAGUCCCUGAAGAUGAGAUACUGUAAAUUUAAACUGAGGUGGACACCGCUGAACACACUGCCUACUGCUCUCUGAAGAACUUCUCGUAAUAAGAUGAAGACGUCUGUCCAUCACCAAGCAAUGUUGUCGUCCUCGAUAGUCUCUGGAUACAGCGGCAAAUCCUUUCAAACAUGAUGGACUCAUUACAAACCUAAUAUACCGAGGAAAUGGCAUGGAAAAUGUAGCAGUAGUUUUUCAAAAGAUGAAUCUGUCUCCUUUUGAUCUUUGAAUGUCUGGGUUGCAACUUUAUUAAUUGUCUUCUUUCUCUAAUUGCCUACAACUUGUGAAAAUGGAGAGUUUGAAGAUGCGGCCGGAGGAAUGAUCGGUACUUCAUCUGCAAACUGAAACGGUCUUCGCUUUAACCAUUUUUUUUUAUUCAUACAAGUCUGGAUUAUAUUUUUUAUUAAAAAAAAAAAAAAUCAAGAGAAAAAGGGAGAAUGGACAAUUUGUUUUAGACUGGUGACAACUAAUAUGUGAUUAUCAUUUGAAUCCAUGUGUUUCUCAAGAAGAGAUCUGGAGAUUUACGUGAGGAGAUGGAUAAAAAAAUCUGACUCCUUUCACGCUUGUUCCUCAGGCCAGCCUCCUUGCCAUAGCUGAUCCCCCUCUGUACAACAUACUGUGCAACAUGUCUCAUGGGGUUUGGUGGGCUGGGACCAUGUGACUAUAGGUUGCCAGUUUUAAAUUAUGGACAUUUUAAAGAGAUUCAACAAAUGUUCAAAGAAAUUAAAAUAUACUGGAGAGAACAUAUUUUUAUAACGCAGGCCUCCAAUUGGAACCUUUUGAAACCCAAAACUACUGGACAAUGGACUGAUGGGAGGGGGGGUCAAAUUUGUUCAUCUUCCACUUGUGCUUUUGUUGGUUUUAGUCACAGAACAGAGUGUAGGGAGAUGGACAGGUUUGUGGACUAUGAGAUGCCCCUGUCUCCUUGUAUUUACUCUUCUACUGGACACGGAUUGCCUUUCCCUGGACAUUCUCCACAAGAAAGGACCGCAUUGAGGAUGACCUUGACACAGAUUCUUCGGUGUAUCAGAACAAUACUGCACUGACCUUCAGAGAGCCACAGAAGGCCAGGAGGAUACCUCAUGGACACUUGCCACCAUCUCCAUGCUUGGUCCAUGUAGUGGCCCUUCUGCUGGAUGACCAGCUGCAAAUAGAGGUGUAUCGUGGGCUAAGACGUGUGGCCUCUCAUACCCUGAAUGACUAGGCUGUUCUGGACCACAGCUGGACAUGGGAUUGUCUCUGAGAGGAGCAGACCGUAAAGGAGAGAGACUCCCAGACACAAGCUUUGUCCUGGACUGGACUAGACAGAGGAAGACUGAACCCAGCUGAUGGAGGUCUCCACCAGGAGUUAAGACUCAUGCACACAUGCACUCACACACAGAUCUGGUUGGCAAGUUUCAACUCCUGGAUGUAAAUAGUGAAUGUUUCAUUUGACUUUACUGGUUGUUGUGUAAGAUUUUCUGACUCAUUUGGUUUUACUUGCCUUAACUGGACAGAAUAAAAUCGCCCAUGAGUGAUAUCCCCUCCCCACCACCCCUACGUAGUAAUAGGUUUGACCUGGUGGAGUGUAUGGAAUGAUGACUGGUUGGUUUGGGACAUCCUAAAUGAGUGAAGUAAUGGGUAUUCGUGAGAAUGCUGUAAAAAGAGAGUGCUAAAACUAUGAGAGGAAUGUUUGUAAAAUUGGUUUAAAGAAGUUUUGGGGAAAUGGUUAUUGCCUCUUCUUGCUACUUAAACACAGCAGAAUUUUUAGAUGGGGCUGGGCAUUGUAAAUAGUUUUUACUUUGAAGAGAAGUGUAACAGAAUAAAUAAACUAAUGUGUGAAAUGCAAUAUUAA